ACUGUGCAUACCAUAAUUACAAUGCUUAGUCAUCGAGAAGUUUUGGGACUCCGCGAUUUUCCUUUGUCACUGUUCGCGCUCAAGCUGCACUCGUCGUUCCUUCCAACGAACCAAGUAAAAUCGUACCAUCGAACAUGGCAUCUCACUUGGCAAACAUCUUCGGAACAGAGCAAGAUCGUGUAAAUUGCUCUUUCUACUACAAGAUUGGUGCUUGCAGACACGGCGACAGAUGCUCAAGAAAGCAUAUAAGGCCACCAUUUUCGCAAACAAUCUUACUUCCGAACGUGUAUCAUAAUCCCGCCCAUGACCCUGUGUGUAAGCUCACUGAGGCUGAGCUACAAGAAGGAUUUGAUGCCGUGUAUGAAGAUUUGUAUUGCGAAUUAGCGAAGUUCGGACAUUUGUUGGAAUUGCAUGUUUGCGACAAUGUCGGGGACCAUUUAAUUGGCAAUGUUUACGCUCGGUAUGAGUGGGAAACCGAAGCACAGGCUGCUGUAGACAAUUUGAACGAUCGGUGGUAUGCAGGACGUCCGCUAUAUGCGGAACUCUCUCCUGUGACGGACUUCCGGGAAGCGUGUUGUCGCCAAAAUGAGAACGGCGAAUGUAACCGUGGCGGUUUUUGUAAUUUCAUGCAUCUCCGGCUCGCUUCAAAAGAACUGGUUUCGUCUCUCCGCGCAGGACAAAGACUAGAGAGGAGACUUCACCCUGCCAAAACGGAAGGUGGAGGCGGUGGGUGGGAACCGGGCAGAAGGGAAGGCGGUCGCGGCAGGAGUGCCAGCCCAUCCAGAAGAGGCGGAAGUAAUGGGGAAGAUCGUUGGACAAGAAAGUAGAAGUUUCUACUCCACAAACCUGUGCUCAUGCCUUAACGUGGCUUAGCUAGGCGUAGUUAAUUGUUCAUCUUGUGGACGCGAUGUGAACCUAGUUGUACCCCAUUUCAUCAUUGUGGCACCAAAGGCUUCUCACAGAAACGCCUCGAAGGUCAAUUUGGUCUCGUGGAUCAAUGAAUCGAAUCCCUAGUGAGCAA